UACAGAGUAUGAAUAUACUAGUAUAUAUAAACAAAUAGAGAAGAAACUCAGUUGACACGGAGGAGGGACGUUGGGACUCGGCUUCAUGGGUAAUACACACAAAGAUGUAUUUCGUGACGUAUUUCGAUCUCUUCAGCCGUAUUCAAGUCUUUAUGGCUUUUCACAGAACAAUGGUGCCACAUCGACGAACUUGAUUGACUUUACUUCCCGAAUAACUUGGUCGGCAACCAACAUGAAACUCCCCGAACCCGCGACCAGCGUGGCCUCUACUCGAUACAGAUGUUGGCCUAAUAUAUCGAAAACCCCGAUGCUUGGUUCUUCAACUCCGUUUCACACGCCUCCACCGUCUGUCCAUUCGGGGAAAGCGCCCAAGUCUGUCUAUGAACCUCUGCACAUAAAAACAGGACCAGAGAAACUGCUCAGUUACUUAACCCCGCCUACAACUGAUCCGCACCGAUGUGUAAUUGAAAAGGGACUUUUGCCGGAGAUGUACCAAGGCGUGCCCCUAUUUAGGACUGCACCUGACACCAGAGACAUGCUGGACAAUUUCAGAGGUUUUGGUUUUUCAAAGAGCUCCAUAAAGUUGAGUCCAAGUGCAACAGAAACUGGCAAAGUUUCGGGGCCAGGACAAUCGCCUGUGCUAGAGCAGUGUUAUUUGAAAGAACAGAGGCGGUAUCAGUGUCCUAGGUGCGAAGUGACAUGUGCUAAUAAGGGGCAGUUUAAAGGCCAUCUCCGGGUACAUACAGGAGAACGACCAUUCAAAUGCGACCACUUUGGUUGCUCCAGGGCGUUUGCAAGGAACGAAGAAUUAACAAGACACAGGCGCAUCCACACGGGUCACAGGCCGCAUGUCUGUCCACUGUGUGGAAAAGAUUUUGGAAGAAAAGAUCAUCUGAAUAAGCAUGUCAAAACACACCUGAAUGCCCAGGAGAAGAAGACGUGUGUUUGUCCAGUGCUUGGUUGCAUGCAGCGGUACUCUCGCUCUGAUGCGCUAGCCCGACACCAGUGGAACGUUCAUGGGAUAAAGACGCGGUCAAGAGCCGCGAGUCGAGUGCAGUAAACGUACGUGUGGCAGCAUAUUCUGACCAGAAAAAAAACU